GGUUCACUGGAGGAUCAAAUCAUUGCAGCCAACCCUCUGCUAGAAGCUUAUGGUAAUGCCAAGACUGUGAGGAAUGACAACUCCUCUCGUUUUGGUAAAUUCAUCAGGAUCCACUUUGGGACAACUGGCAAACUGGCCUCAGCUGAUAUUGAAACUUAUCUGCUGGAGAAGUCUCGUGUUACCUUCCAGUUGUCUGCUGAAAGGAGCUACCAUAUCUUCUAUCAGCUGAUGACUGGCCAUAAGCCUGAGCUCCUGGAGGCUCUCCUGAUCACCACCAACCCCUAUGACUACCCAAUGAUCAGUCAGGGUGAAAUCACUGUCAAAAGCAUCAAUGAUGUGGAGGAGUUCAUUGCGACUGAUACUGCAAUUGACAUCUUGGGCUUCACUGCUGAGGAGAAAAUUGGCAUCUACAAGUUGACUGGAGCUGCGAUGCAUCAUGGCAACAUGAAAUUCAAGCAAAAGCAGCGUGAGGAGCAGGCUGAACCUGAUGGCACUGAGGAGGCUGAUAAAAUUGCCUACCUUCUGGGCCUGAACUCAGCUGAUAUGCUGAAAGCUCUGUGCUAUCCAAGAGUCAAGGUCGGAAAUGAAAUGGUGACCAAAGGUCAGACCGUGCCACAGGUAAACAACUCUGUCAUGGCUCUGUGCAAGUCCAUCUAUGAGAAAAUGUUCUUGUGGAUG